AUGCCGCAACGCCCAGCAAGUGUGAUUGAAUGGGUCGCUGGCCCGGCUCCAACGAAGGCUGCAUAUCGAUCUAUUGCCACAGCCAAGUCCAAUAUUAUCACAGUGAGCCAACCACGCAUUCGUCGGCGUCUCGCAAUCGAAGUGGAGGUUUCUGAUUUUGACACCUCUUCCGCAGUUUCUUCUGAAGAGGGGCCUCCUUCAAAACUAACAACCAAAGAAAUUGAGAAGCCGGAAGUCAAGGAACCAGAACCAGAACCACAACCCAAGACACCUCAACCUGCAAAGGAGGUUGAUAAGAAAGUAAAAUUUCAAGAGCCAACACCAAAACUUAAGUCGGCAUUGAAGAAGAAUACUCCAAAGGCAUCAGCAGGGCCCCGACCAUGCGAAUGCCCGCAAUGCAGAGCGCGGGAGAAAAUGAAAGAUAAAAGCAGCACGGAAGAUUCAAGCGAUUCCAAUGAUGAGACGGAAGUUGAAAUUGAACCUAUAAAUAAACAACUGAAGAAAAGGCAGCAACCCAGCAAUAAAAACAGCAUCCCACAGCCACGAAAUCAAAAGGUCAAACAAAAUCAGAAUUUUGAAGGGAACCAAAAUCAGCGGGAUAUGAAUGCGAAACAACGUGACAAUUAUCAAAAAUCCAGAAACAAUACCCGCCAAAACAAUCAAGAUAGCUCAGACGAGUCAGAUCAAUUUGAGAGGCAAUCCGAUCAUCAAAAUCAAAGCUUAUUGAGAUACUUAGGUCGAAGAAUGGAGAGACGUAUUCUUCAAGACAUGAGAGCUGAAGUUAUACUGCGGGAGGAUGUGAUCGAAAAUCCUUCUGAUCCACGUCCAAACGCAUUUCUUGAUACGAAAAGUGGUGUCCUGCGCGUUUACCAUGGUCGGGUAUAUGGCAAUCCUUUUGCGACACUGCUCACGCCAGCUCAAGUGCCAAUUGGUACUUGUGCUCCAGAUUCAGCACACUUUGGUGGCUCACCUCGAAUUUUUAACCCGUCGAGGCCGGUAUCUUAUGAUCAGCAGCAAUCUCAACCAAAACUACCCCGCGAUUUCUCUAGCAAUACUGUCAGACACACUCCCAAUCAGAAUGUCUCUGGGCAGCGCAACUUCUCCAGUAUUAAUUCCAACCAGAAUCCUUCCAACAAUCGGCGCCAGCAGCAAGGCAAUAGCAACAAUAAUAACAUUCCGCAGAAUACAGAUAUGCCGGGUAGCUGGGUUGAGGAUGCAAAUAACAAAGAAUAUUCCGGCUCUGGUUGGAAUAAUAACGACGAGACGAAUAACAAUCAGGGUUCAGGUGGUUGGGGCGGUAAUGAUCAAAACAAUAAUCAAGACUCGAACGAUUGGGGCAACACUGGUCAGAACAGUAAUCAGAGGGUUGCGUCUGUAGGCAGUAACAAAACACAGACUUCCAACAAGCAAAAGAAUAAUAAGAAAGGUGGAAAGGGUCAAGGCAACCAGAAUAACCAGUCCAACAACAAUUCAGGUGAUGGAUGGGGUGCAGAUAACAAUGAUCAGUCUGGCAACUCAAACAGCUGGGGUGCGAACAAUGAAACAAGUGGGAAUUUGGGGUGGGGGAAUGAUACCAAGGAAGAGGAUGCAAAUGCCACGCCGAACAAUGACUCUUGGGGAAAUGAUAAUGGCCAGUCAAAUGACAAUUCGGACAACCAGAAUUGGGGCUGGGGUAAUGACAAUAAUCAGGAGUCAAAUGAUAACUCGAAUAACCAGAAUUCGGGUUGGGGCAAUGAUAACAACCAGAACUCGAACAAUAACUCGAACAACCAAGACUCGAGCUGGGGCAACAACAAUAAACAGAACCAAAAUGACAAAUCAAGCAAUCAGAACGCAGGUUGGGGAGGAAAUAACCAAGACUCCAACGAUACCUCAAACAACCAGAACCCAAGUUGGGGCAAUGACAAUAACCAGAAUUCAGGCUGGGGUGGAGAUAACCAGGGCACUAAUGAUGGCGCAAACAAUCAAUCUUCCGGCCGGGGUAACAACGACAAUAAUGACCAAUCAAACUCCAAUGCUCAAUACAACGAUGACAAUUCCGGUGGUUGGGGAGGAGAUUCGGGCGGUAGGAAUAAUACUACUCCGGGAGGUUGGGGAGAUUCGAAUGAGCAACAAAAUAACAGCAACGCAGGGGGCUGGGCAAACUCGAAUCAGAAACAGAACAAAGGUAAUUCUGGAGGUUGUGCAGGCUCGGGUAAUCAACAAAACAAUGGAAAAUCCGGCUUUCGUGCAGGUUCUGGGAAUCAAAACAGCAAAUCCAACAAUAACCCUAAGAAGCCACAAAAUAACAAGCCAAAGAAUAAUCAAAGGCCUAAGGGCUACGAUGAUCCAGAAUGGACUGCCUACAAAAAUGACCAAGAAGAUGAUGAAGGUAACCAACAAGAUGAUAAUGAAGGAUGGGGGAAGAAAUCUAGUACAAAUUACAACGUAGUUCAAAGUGCCAAGGGUAAGGGAUGGAACAACAAGAAAAACAACCAGAUCAACGGUGGCCGAAAAGAGAACUCCAGCAACCGAGGAAGUCAAUGGGGCGGGGAUGGACAUAAUUCUGGCGAGGGAGGAGACCAAGAUGACGAUGGAGAAGAAGGCAAUCCCCAGUUCCGUGAUCAUACACCCACAAGCAGUGAGAUUUUGAGAAACUGGGACAAUAUUGACCAGGGCGGAUAUUCAAACUUUUCCAACAUUGGUGAUUAUGAUGGUGGUCGCAAAUCCCGCCAUACGAGAACUCCUACUGCUAUUUCUCUUGCUGGGAGUUGGGCCUCACCUGAACCUAGCGAGAAUGGCGGUAACGGUGGCUAUACUGGUAGAAUUCGCAAGGCUAGUAAGGCCAGUAAAGGUGGAAAGAAUGUUAAGGCUAACAAAUCUGGAAAUACUGGUUAUGAUAACAGCUCUGGCAGCAGUGGAUGGAACAACACUGGCCCAAAUGGUGGCUGGUAA